AUGAUAACCGGUAUAUUUAGAACUCGUUUGUCGCUCCGAUUAGGAGUUAAAGCAUUAUGUGGAAAACAAGCCAAAUUGCAUACACAAUACAAACACGUUAAUCUGAAGAUGAGCCCAGAUAUACAAGAUAGUUGUGACUGUUUCGUAAAAGAUUUGAAUAAAACGUUAAGCAAGGAUGGCCAAUUGGACUUCAAAUCAAAAUUACCGGCAAAGACCCCUCAAUAUCAUAAGCACUUAAUGUUGGUAUCGCCGCCAAAUUCUGCAGGCCAAGAUCCAGAGUGGAAGGCUGUUUGGCAAAGUAAACUAGAGCUGAACCCAAAAUGGCCAUAUUCUGCGAUUGGCGAACUAAAGAAACAUUUGAAAGAAACUCACAGAGGUGAUAUGAUCUUAGUCUAUGCCAUCUCUAUAGCUCGAGGCGAGUUGGCCAGUUUGCCCAAUUGUGCCAAGAAAGCUCGAUUCCUCGCUAUACCAGAUAUGAAAGUUUAUGAAGUCAGUGAGGACGAAGUAGAGGAGUUUGCUCAUUUUUUGGGAGAGGGCAAGAUCAAAAAUUCCAAAAAGGUGUCAUUUCUCGAUUUUUUGAAAGGUGCCAAUGCCACCUCUAAGCUGCUACGCGCUCAGUCCGAUCCGCGAGAGGGAGAACGGUUCAGGAUCUUUGAAGGCCAGGAUUAUCGUAAAAACAUCGUCUUAGUAUGUGGACAUCAUCAGCGCGAUGCCAGGUGUGGUAUAAUUGCUCCACAAUUGAUUAAAGAGCUCGAGCCCCGCGUAGACUCUGAUUUAGCCAUAGUAUCACAUAUCGGCGGCCACAAAUUUGCAGGCAACGUCAUUUUUUACAAUUACUUGGGGGUUAAUGAUCAAAACACAGCAACAGUUGAUGGGUUAUGGUUUGGUAAAAUUCUUCCAUCUACGAUUCCAGUGCUACUCAAACAUUUAAGCAAAAACGAGAUCAUCUCACCGUGGUUUCGCGGUUCUUACUCAUUAAAAGAAUAA